AUGGCCCAGCGGGGGCAAGGAGCAGCCCGCAAGGCCUCCAAGAAGCCUGCGAAGAAGCCAGCAGCAGCAAGGGCGCCCGACAUGGAUUCCCUGGGCUUCCAAGCCAUGGAUAGCAACGUGCCGGGGCUGUCCCACGUCAUCCUCCAGAAGCUCAACAUGAAGAGCUACGAGGACUACAAAUCUGCCAUGGACGGGAGGAAGAGGGGCAGUGACUUCGGCAUCCGGACCUACUUUGACAUGUUCCAGAAGAUGGAGGACACGUUCAAGUUCUGCGCCGAGUGCAAGAAGCUCCCCGAUGCCCUCCCUGACCCCAAAAGUCUCCGCCGAUGCAAGAGAUGCCAGAAUGUGUAUUACUGCGGCGUGGCGUGCCAGCGUGCCAACUGGCCUCUGCACAAGAAGUUCUGCAAGAAGCUGAAGCUGGUGGCCCUGGACCGGCUGGUGGAGUGGCUCGUCUUCACAGGUGACAUUCCCUUCCCCACGGAGGCCUGGACAAAACCUGCCGGGGACGUGGCAGGCUGGGAGGACUGGUUCGCCAUGCAGGGGCAGCUGGAGGAGAAGCUGGGCGCUGUCCUGGCCGGGCGCUACAUGAGCCUCCUCUGGGCCAACGUGGGGAAGCCCCGGCCGGAGGAGGGAGAGCUGCGCGAGUCCGUCCGGCGCCUCGUCACCGACUUCCACUCGCGGCCGCUCACCAUCGGCCUGGGGCUGCGGCUCUUUGGCAUCGACCCCCUCGCCAAGCCCCUCACCAUCCACGUGGUGGGGGCGUCCCACGUGGAGACCCUCAACACCCGGGUGACAGACUACGACGAGCUGGCGCGGAUGUUCCCGGGGCAGCAGGGCAUGGAGGUGGUGAUGGUGGGGGUGGAUGUGGUGGACGGGCCCAUCAUGAGGCCCCCCCUGGCCACGCCAGGGCCGCAGGGAAGGAUCUAUCUCAGCAGCUUCAAGGGCCUGUACCACGACUUCUGGGAAGGGCAGGUGGAGACCAAGCUGGCCGCCCACCCCGACCUGGUGGUGGGCUUCCACCCGGGUUUCCACGCCUGCCCUGACCUCAUGGCAGGCUGGCUGCCCACGCUGCUGCUGCUGCGGGACUACCGCCUGCCCACCCUCUUCACCGUCUACAGCGAGCAGGAGCUGAAGUCCUCGCUGCAGAUCCUGGUGGAGCUGGAGACGCACAUCAUGGGCUACGCCGCCAACCCCUUUGCCUCCCUGCGGCCCGAGCAGGUCUACUCCAGCCCCAACAAGGUGCCCGUCUACUGCAGCUCCUACUACAUUGCCCUGCUGGGGCCGGCCGCCUCUGUUGGGGAGCUGGAGGGUGGCAGCGAUGACGACUAG